AUGGCGACCAUCCCUUGCCCAUCCGCCUGCUUAAAGUCAAGCAGUCGGCAAUUCUCGUCCAGGUCAGCAUCAGCAAGGCUGUUGCAAUGCGACGCCGUGUCAUUCAGCGGCCUUCGUGCGACCACCUCCCGGUCGCAGGUCGCAGCUGCCAAGACCUCUAGACUAGCUCUACCCUCGCAGAGCGCCUCUCACGGCGUGGUGACAUGCGGGUUGGACGACUUCAUCGGCGGCGAUCUCAUCGGGCUGGAUCUCGGCCAAUGGGUAGACGACGUCGAGCGCUACGGCGCGGUCGGCUUCUAUUCGCCACCGGAGGGCGGCGCGGAGGGCCGCUAUGCUACGAGUCUGAAGUACGCGGGUUACCACAUGAUGAACAUCUCGGCGCGCGGCCUCGGCGACCCCGAGGCGUACCUCCUCAAGACCCACGGCGUCCGCCCGCCGCAUUUGGGGCGGCAAGCGGUGGCGCGGUUCUACCUGCCGCCCGAGGUGGACCACCGGCUGGCCGUGCUGCCGCCCAAGUACAAGGGGCUCGUGCUCUGGAUCGGCGAGGCCAAGGUGCUGGCGAAGAACGAGCUGCAGUUCCUCACACUGCUGCCAGCGCUGCGGCCCAACGUGAAGGUGGUCGUGGAGAUGGGCUACUCGCGCAAGUUCUACUGGAAGCCAAUGCAGGAGCUGGUGGGGCUGCCCACACCCGCCCCAUCAGCACAGGCUGUUCCUGCGGCCACGUCUGGUGCCGAGAAGAAAGAGGCUGUGCCUGCUUCCUGA